AUGGAGGCAGAAAAUUACACCGUUGUACCAUUUUUCAUUAUCAAGGGGAUCUCAGACAUCCCAAAGUUUCAGGCUCCCAUUUUCAUUCUGGUUCUCCUGAUUUAUCUAUUUGCCCUUGGUGGCAACAUAAGCAUUCUUUUGCUUGUGGGCAUAGACUCUAAGCUUCAUAAUCCCAUGUACUUCUUCCUUGGAAAUCUGUCUGUCCUUGAUAUAUCUUCCAUCACAGUCACUCUGCAUAAGACCUUAGCCAUAUUCCUCACUGGGAAUAAAACAUUAUCCUUCCCAGACUGCAUAACACAAGUGUAUUUUUUUAUGGCCUUAGAGUGUACUGAGUUGUUAAUUCUGGCUGCCAUGAGCUUGGAUCGUUAUGCUGCUAUUUGUAAUCCUCUACAUUAUCACAUGAUUAUGAACCCUAGAGCUUGUGUGGUUUUGGCCACUAUAUGUUGGUUACUGGGUUUUAUGGAGGUUAUACCACAUACUGUUAUAAUAAAUAGCCUCUCUUGUUAUACAUCAAAUGAAAUAAAUCACUUCUUUUGUGAUGUUUUACCUCUGAUGAAAAAUUCCUGUAGUGAUACCACAUUGUUAAGGCUCUGGAUUGUCACAGAAGGAGUGUUCAUCUCAGGAGUUUUCCCUCUGCUAACCACACUUCUACCAUACAUUUUCAUUAUCCAUGCUAUCUUUAAGAUACCUUCAACAUCUGGGAGACGCAAGGCCUUCUACACUUGUUCAUCCCAUGUGACAUUAGUCAUUAUUCUUUAUUUAACCCUCUACUGUCUAUACUUAACUCCCCCGUCAGAGUACACAUCGGAUUCUCAUAAACUAUUUUCUCUAUUUAACACAGCAGCAGUUCCCAUUUUGAAUCCACUCAUUUACAGUCUAAAAAAUAAAGAUGUAAAGUCAGCAAUGAAACGACAACUGCAUUACAUGUACUGUAAGAUUAUAUAUCCAUUCACUUUAAAUUUGAAAAAACUUCAAAAACACAUUGAAAGCUGA